UUUCAUUCAUUAAUGGAAACCAGACAUGCAUAUAGUACUAAGAAGUACCAGACAACGUCUGCCAGACUGCAAACUACCCCUUUCCCAAGGCUUUACAACCUCCUAAUAUCUGGGAAUUCAUACUAAAAGUAUAGUCUCUGUCUUCCCUAUCGGUUUACAUGGCUGUGGUUCCGAUAUGCAACAAAAUGCCUUAUAAAGACCAAAGUGACAUGUGCAGUAGAUGGAAUAUCUCAUAUCCUACUACUGAUUCCUUGACAAGAACUAAGACAAGAGAAGGGAAUGCACUUAGACGAUUGCUUUCUUAUGGAGGUUCUUUGUCAUUCAGGAGCAUGACUGAAGCGUGUCUUAUAGAAAGCCAUCUAAGAUCCAUUUCAGACAAUGAUUCACAUAGAGAAACAAUUUCCUCGGUUUGUUAUGCAUCAGAGUCCAGUAAUAGUGAGAAGCAGCUGAGAUCAUUGGACUCUUAUUUUGGAAAACUCCAAGAUGCUGCUAAUCUGUCUCCUUCAGAUACUUCAAGCAAGACAGAGCAGCUGAGAUCAUUAGACUCUUAUUUUGGAAAACUCCAAGAUGAUGCAAAUCUGUCUCCUUCAGAUGCUUCAAACAAGACAAAGCAGCUAUAUGGUAGACGUGAUGAAUUCAGAUCAAAGAAGUGGUUGGAUUCUCUCAACACCUAUCUUGGCAAACUUAAUACAGAUGCAAAAUCCCAAAAUUAUGAGUCAUCUACUUUCGUUGAGGAUACUGACAAAGGCAGUCGAAUAGGAAAACCAGUCUCUAUCAGUGAAAAUUCCAAAAGAGGUAACGAGGAGGAAUGGAAGAGUUACAAGGAAGUAAGAAAUAGAGAUGGUGGUAGUGCUCCGGAAAGUUCUCAAGAUUUACGGCUGCAGUAUGAUGAAACAUCCAAUUUGUACUUAAUAGGUGCAUUGGUUUCUAUAAACAUUGCAGUUUUUCUGUUUGAGAUGGCAAGUCCGAUAAGGAACUCUGACUUAGAGCUCUUCUCUCUCCCCUUAUUAUAUGGAGCAAAAGUAAAUCAUUUGAUCUUGGUUGGAGAAUGGUGGAGGCUGGUGACACCAAUGUUUCUGCACUCAGGACUUCUUCACAUGUCUCUUGGCUGUUGGGGGCUCCUUACAUUUGGGCCUCCAGUUUGCCGAGGCUAUGGUUCGUUUACAUUUUUCUUGAUCUAUAUACUUGGAGGAAUUUCUGGCAACUUGACGAGCUUUCUUCACACACCAGAGCUGACUGUUGGUGGGACAGGGCCAGUGUUUGCCAUAAUAGGAGCUUGGCUGGUUUAUCAACUCCAAAACAAAGAUGUAACUGCAAAAGAUGCUUCAGAAAGUAUUUUCCAGAAGGGGAUGAUCAUUACUGCUCUUGGCUUCAUAUUAAGCCAGUUUGGUCCAAUUGAUGAUUGGACACAUUUUGGAGCAGCUUUUACUGGUAUAGCGUAUGGCCUUUUCACAUGCCCAACGCUUCAGUUGGAUGAUGCAGCUUCCAGAAGUGGUCAAGAAGAAGGAAUCACACUUGUUAGACGAUACUCUGAUCCUUGUAAAUCACUUCUUUUCUUCACCAUUUUCAUUCUUGUUUUAAGCUCUUUACUUUUCUUUAUUGAACCUCCUCUGAACGUCCUGGCGAGUGGCAUCUGACAGUUUUUGCAUAGAAAUGUGGAAAUACGACGCAAGAUGUAUAUAUAUAUAUAUAUAUAGUGUUUCUAAUCUCUUGUAUCAUGUAAGGGGCCAUUCUUACUUCUUAGUCGGAAAUAAAGACAAGUAUAUAUAUCUGUAUAUUUACAUGAAGAAUAAAGGUCUUUUCCUUUUUUCA